AUGCGUUUUGUGCAUUUUGUGAACAAGGUCCUGUUUGCCCAAGAAUCUGAAACUAUUGCCAAGUUUCGCCUCAAAUGGGAAAAUGGAAACAGCUGCAAAGUCCUCUACUUUCCUACGUGGAUCAGUAAGAAUUACUCUGCUUACAAGGAUGACGCCAUAGAGGAAGACCCCAUAGAGGAAGCAUCCUGCUUAAGGUGCCUUCUAACGGGAUGUCUAGAAGAUUUACUGCACUAUUUUAAGAAGUUACAAGUCCUUGCCAUCGACACCAAUAUACAAGAUAGAUCUUGGCCUAGAACACGUCCUUGGAGGGAUCCCACUUGUGUUCCUGAAUGCCUGGUAAACAGUUUGGUAAAAGUUUCAAUUAAUUUCGUCGAGGCCGAAGGCAAUGACAAAGCUGCAUACAAGUAUAACGGGGUUGCGUAUGCAGCUGAAGCCUUGUACACAGUUAUGUUCUACAUGUUUAGGCCAGUUGAGAAGAAUGGGUACUUUGGUCUUGAUGAUGAGGAAGAAGAGGCGGCUGAGAUGGCUCUGCAGGAUGAGGAGUUUGAGCUUUGA